GUUUAGCGACUCUCUCAGUCUAUUGGUCACUUUGCAUGUCAUUAUCAUGUCGGUUUUUGGGUGAACUAUGUUAACGCGGUUACAACAUAACUCUGUUGAAUUAUAUGUUUGGCGGCAACAUUGGAAAAGGAAACAAUUUAUACAUCGUCGCAACAUCCCAACAUCAGAAACUUCAGAAUGAGCGUGGGUUCAUCGGAGCGGGUCAGUUGGCCCAUGCUUUGGUGAAGGGAUUCAGCGCUGCAGGUGUCAUUGCCACCCAGAGGAUUACUGCCAGCUCCCCAGACACAGAUCUUCCCACAGUGUCAGGACUGCGGAAAAUGGGUGUCAAUCUCACAACCAGCAACAAGGAGGUGGUGAACAGGAGUGACGUUCUGUUUCUGGCUGUCAAACCACACAUCAUCCCCUUCGUGUUGGAUGAGAUCGGACCGGACAUUGAGGACCGCCACCUCAUUGUGUCCUGUGCAGCUGGUGUCACCAUCAGCUCCAUUGAGAAGAAGCUGCUCCAGUACCGCCCGUUCCCCAAGGUGAUGCGAUGCAUGACCAACACCCCAGUGGUGGUUCGGGAGGGAGCCACGGUCUACGCCACGGGUACCCAUGCCGAGCUAGAGGACGGGAGGCUGCUGGAGCAGCUGAUGGCCAGUGUGGGCUACUGCACGGAGGUGGAGGAGGACCUGAUCGAUGCCGUCACCGGACUCAGUGGCAGUGGACCCGCCUAUGUGAGUGGGAGCAGCCAAAUGCUGUUGGACUCGGAGCAGCACCCUGGCCAGCUGAAGGACAACGUUUGCUCCCCAGGGGGCGCCACCAUUCACGCCCUGCACGUCAUGGAGAGUGGGGGCUUCCGCGCCCUGCUCAUCAAUGCUGUAGAGGCCUCCUGCAUCAGGACCAGGGAGCUCCAGUUCUUGGCUGACCAGGAGAAGAUCUCUCCUGCGGCCAUCAAGAAGACUACGCUGGACAAGGUUCUGCAGCAGCCAGGGGGAACAGGGGUGGGCGUCCGGACGGGAUCUAUCAGCCUGUUCAACAGCAGCAACCCCAGGCAUAAGAAGUAAUUGAACUGAGUGGCUCUGAUCACAGAACAGCUGUAUCAUUAGUGCAUUGCAGACUAUAUCAAAACAUUUUGCAACAAAAACAUGUUUCUUAGCGGACAAGUUCAGGUAGUUCCUCCCUGUUUCGGUCUGUUUGCUUCCUAGUGAUUACGCCCCAGGUAUAGACCCUCAAAAGAAUGAAACAUACCUGAACGUAUUAUUUCAACCCUAAAAAAUGUGUUAUGGUUAUAGUAUGCCAGCUGAGAGGAGGAGGGUCAUAAAUGGCAGCUUCGUAAACAUGAGGAUAAACUUAGAGCAGCAAUAGAGGAUGUAGGUGAAGGGACACUUCUCCUGGUCUCCUUCCAUUUCACUGACUAGAAACAUCUGGACAGGUAAAAGCAAGUUCCUAAUAGGCAUUAUGGCUUUCACCUGUCCAGUGUUGUCAUAUCAGUGCAGAUGAAGGAGAAAAGAGGUAGAUGACCGGGGAAGAAGACGACACUAGACAGUUAAGAUGGACCAACAUGGUGAUGGGCAACAGGUCACAAUUCCUUGACCUUUUAGCCAUUUAACAGACACUCUUAUCCAGAGCGACUUACAAAGCAAUUAUGGUCAAGUGCCUUGCUCAAGGGCACGUGAACAGAUCUUUCACCUAGUCGGCUUGGAACUCGAACCAGGUAUCUAUCGGUUACUGUCCGAACGUACUUAACCUCUAGGUUACCUGCGCCCCACUCCCUUUCAUAGAAACACAGAGACAGAUGUGGAGUUGGAUGUCUUAUGUGCUUAGCUAUCUAUAGCUUCUGUUUAAUAGAAUGUGUGCCUAUAUGUUCCGUAUGACAGAUUGUUAGGUCACACAUUAUGUACAGUCUUACUGGAACUAUUUUGGUCUGUCUUGCUAAACAGCAAAGGUCCCCGUUUUCUGUUGUUGUUUAUCUCUUCAUUUUCUGGCUAUUUUCUUUGCUUGAUUGAGAGAUUAUAUUACAGCUUUAGUAUAUUAAUAAUUUUAGCCUGACUGAGGGAAAACGUUGUUUUUUAUUUUGUAGAAGGAGCAAAACUGUUUAGACACUUGGAAACCACAACAAAAUGGGACUUCUAUUUUAACCUUUCUUUAUCCAGGUUUGUCUUGUUGAUGUAUAUCUUCUAUAAAAUAGACUUGUUCAAGAUAGUAGCAGUCAUUAAUGUUACAAAA